UUGGCACAAGAAACUGAAGCUCGUCGCAAAAUUCUUCGGGGAAGGCGUGUUAUGACACGCACUUAUUACCAUGGGAACACUGUACCAGCGUGGGCAAUCAGUUUAAUGUCAGGUAUAGGAAUGCUUCUUAUUGGAGGAGUUUUAUACAUUAUAAUGAGAAAAAUUGUUCUCGCCUCGGAAACGGGAACGCUUAAUACUUAUCAACCAGCGUUACAAAACGAUAGUGUUUAA